AUGAAUUCCCAUUUAAAAAGUCAUAGGAUCCAAUAUGGUCCUCCCAAAAGGGGAUCUGGCAGAAGAUACUCCCCUAGGCUUGAAUGCAUCGAAAAUUUCGAGAAUAGAGUCAUUGAAAACGAAUACAUUCCAAGCAUUACCUCGCAUCUCAGCACUUUGGAAGAAGCCUCAAAGGUUAAUCCUUCAAUGAUUGACCUGCAACCUGAAGUGAAGUGGUUCAUGCGCCCAUAUCUUGUGAAUUUCAUCAUCCAGAUACAUGCAUCACUAAAGUUGAAGCCGGAGACGCUUUUCCUCUGCUGGAAUAUUAUUGACAGAUACUGUGCCAAGAGAAUAGCCUUUAAGCAGCAUUAUCAGUUGAUUGGAUGCACUGCGUUAUGGAUUGCGGCCAAGUAUGAAGACAAGAAAUCUCGUGUGCCAAGUUUGAGUGAGCUGAAGAUGAUGUGCUCAAACGUGUAUGAGGAGAGUAUGUUUAAAGAGAUGGAAGUUCACAUCCUCAGCACUCUAGAUUGGACAAUAGGUCAUUGUUCGAUGGAAAGUGUGCUUCAACUGUGCGUGAGGUUUGCAGAUCCAGACGGGAAAGAGCGUCUAGACAAGCCAAUUGCCGAUUAUAGGUGCAAUUCGCAGAUUGUGAGUGCAGUUCUUGCAGUUGCGAGAUAUUUCUGUGAGUUGUCACUUUACGAGCGUAGCUUUUUGACUUUCAGCCCAUCCUUAGUUGCCAUAACCUCAUUCUUGCUUGCAUGCUCGAUCCUUGGAGUUGACUCCGGUGCCAAGUACACAAACCGGGUCUACCACAUAUUCCGUGUCAGCACGAUAAAUGCAAACAGAACGCGGCGUUUUGAGGCUCUCAGCAAGUCGCAGGGCUCCAUAAUUCCUCCAUUUGGACAACUCCCAACUCCAGUGACUCCCAAAAAAGUGACAUCUCGCUUUUUCGACGAUGAUUCUGAAUCCACAGACGAGUGUGAAGCGGAAAACAAGGAUUCUGGACGUGUAUUCCAGUACGGACCAUUUGUAAGCGGCUUCCGGGGUCUUUCGACGAUUAAUGAAGUCAGAAAGCUCUCGUUGCUGCUGCUGAAAUUGGCUUUGAACCCUUCGGACGUCAUGAUAGAGAAAUAUACUCCUUUGGGAGUCACUGCAGUGGUCAAGAAGUUCAUAGUGGAGAAUCAUCUUCGUGAAUUGGACUCGAAGAGUUUGCAGGUGGACCCAGACUCGAGCACAGUGUCGGAUUUCGCAUUCGAUCUCUCUAACUUGCUUCUUAACUUUGACUCAAGCCUCGAGUUCGUUACAGAGCAGGCAAUACAAUAUAUUAAUCCAAUUUGCCAGUCUCCAAUGGCCACGAAGUCGUUUUCUUCACCAUCAAGUUCGCCUUCCAACAUUUCGUCUUUCAGCUCAGCAUCAUCUCAGACUACAUGCGAUUACUCGUAUGAUGAAGGAAUAUACAAAACGGGGUCUCCUAGACAAACGUGUCCAAGCUCGUCUCCAUAUGUGGACGCAAAUUAA